CUCAUAUGGACAACGUUUCCGUUUUGGAGGGUGAUAGUUUUAGUGGAAAGUUGUAAACCAAAAAGAUAUCAAGCUCUGCUGUGUGACAUUGUCUUCCACAAAAAGACAUCAUGGCUCGUAACAGUGAAAAAGCUAUGACAACCUUAGCUAGGUGGCGGGCAGCUCAUCUUGGUGAUAAUAAGGAACAGGAAAGGCGGCCAUACAUAGCCUCUGAAUGCAUGGAUUUAAGGAAAGCAGAGAAGUUCAGAAGACAAAUAAUUGGAGAAAUUUCAAGAAAAGUUGCCCAAAUUCAAAAUGCUGGUUUGGGCGAGUUUCGACUGCGAGACCUCAAUGACGAGAUUAACAAGUUGUUACGAGAGAAAGGUCACUGGGAAGACCACAUCAAGGAUCUUGAUGGACCCGAUUAUCGAAAAAUUGGACCAAAGAUGUUAGAUCAGGAAGGAAAAGAGGUACCAGGAAACAGAGGAUACAAAUAUUUUGGAGCUGCAAAGGAUCUUCCUGGGGUCAAGGAACUGUUUGAACAAGAACCACCUCCCAUGCUGCGGAAAACUCGGGCUGAGAUGAUGAAGGACAUUGAUGCUGAUUACUAUGGUUACAGAGAUGAAGAUGAUGGUAUCAUCGUACCGAUAGAACAGGAAAUAGAAAAAGAAGCCAUUGCAAAGGCAGUGAGAGAGUGGAAAGAACAACAGGAAGCUCGCGCUAAUGGUAACCAUGGUGACCAGGGAGAGGAAGAGGACGACGAGCCAGUUCUGUACCAGCAGGAGGAGAUUGAGGAAGAAGAAAUGGAGACCACAAAAGCUGAGGAAGAACCUCAACAUUUUAUUGCUCAUGUUCCUGUACCGUCACAAAAAGAGAUUGAAGAAGCCCUUGUCCAAAGAAAGAAAUUGGAGCUUUUACAAAGAUAUGCCAGUGAAUCACUUCAAACAGAAGAGGUUGAAUCUAAGGAGAUGAUGGGUUUAUAGCGGUGUACAGAGGACUGAGAGUGUGUGUUAGAUACUGAUAGUGAUUACUAAGUAUGGUUGUAUGUUAGUGACAAUGUAUGUACAAAAUGAUCAUCUACAUUCAUAUUACAUGUGUAUUCUUAGUGUGUUUGUACAAUAGUGAGCUGGUGUGUAUAAAAUCAAGAUCAUGGUGUUUGUAUGCGAGUGAGAUUGUGUGUACAAAAUCAACAUCAUGGUGUGAUUGUAUGGUAGUGAGCUUGUGUGUACAAAAUCAACAUUAUAGUGUGAUUGUAUGAUAGUGAGCUUGUGUGUACAAAAUCAACAUCAUGGUGUGAUUGUAUGGUAGUGAGCUUGUGUGUACAAAAUCAACAUCAUGGUGUGUUUGUAUGUGAGUGAGCUUGUGUGUACAAAAUCAACAUCAUGGUAUGAUUGUAUGAUAGUGUGCUUGUGUGUACAAAAUCAACAUCAUGGUGUGAUUGUAUGAUAGUGUGCUUGUGUGUACAAAAUCAACAUCAUGGUGUGAUUGUAUGGUAGUGAGCUUGUGUGUACAAAAUCAACAUCAUGGUGUGAUUGUAUGGUAGUGAGCUUGUGUGUACAAAAUCAAGAUCAUGGUGUGUUUGUAUGUGAGUGAGCUUGUGUGUACAAAAUCAACAUCAUGGUAUGAUUGUAUGAUAGUGUGCUUGUGUGUACAAAAUCAACAUCAUGGUGUGAUUGUAUGGUAGUGAGCUUGUGUGUACAAAAUCAACAUCAUGGUGUGAUUGUAUGGUAGUGAGCUUGUGUGUACAAAAUCAACAUCAUGGUAUGAUUGUAUGGUAGUGAGCUUGUGUGUACAAAAUCAACAUUAUAGUGUGAUUGUAUGAUAGUGUGCUGGUGUGUACAAAAUCAACAUCAUGGUGUGAUUGUAUGAUAGUGUGCUGGUGUGUACAAAAUCAACAUCAUGGUGUGAUUGUAUGAUAGUGUGCUGGUGUGUAUAAAAUCAACAUCAUGUUGCGUUUGUAUGUGAGUGAACUGGUGUGUACAAAAGCUACAUCAUGGUGUGUUUGUAUGCGAGUGAGCUUAUGUGUACAAAAUCAACAUCAUGGUGUGUUUGUAUGUGAGUGAGCUUGUGAGUACAAAAUCAACAUCAUAGUGUGAUUGUAUGUUUCUGUGUAAGUUAACUGAUAUGUACAAAAUUAACAUUAUUAUAGUGUGUAUGUUAGUGAACUUGUGUACAUGUACAUCAUAUGUCAUUAUAGAGUUGGUAUGAUCAUAGCAUAUACUGGUUUAUAUUAACAUGGCAGUACCAUGUUUUUUUUUCUUAAAAUUUCCGUAAAUAAAUUAUAUGACAUGCAAAUUUUGUACACAAAAAAAUCACAUUUGUGUGUUUUUGAGAUAUGUUCGUCUCAAAAUAUUGUUUUACAAGAUAUGUACAUUUUUAUCAAACUCACAGAUCAAACAUACAAUGUAAUGAACCAUAGAAAUGUUUGUCAAAAACUGUGAUGCAUGUAUAAUGAAUAUCAACACAGUCUGUGUGUUUCUAUGGUGAUACCAGCUGUACUGUGUUUCUAUGGUGAUACCAGCUGUACUGUGUUUCUAUGGUGAUACCAGCUGUACUGUGUUUCUAUGGUGAUACCAGCUGUACUGUGUUUCUAUGGUGAUACCAGCUGUACUGUGCUUCUAUGGUGAUACCAGCUGUACUGUGUUUCUAUGGUGAUACCAGCUGUACUGUGUUUCUAUGGUGAUACCAGCUGUACUGUGUUUCUAUGGUGAUACCAGCUGUACUGUGUUUCUAUGGUGAUACCAGCUGUACUGUGUUUCUAUGGUGAUACCAGCUGUACUGUGUUUCUAUGGUGAUACCAGCUGUACUGUGUUUCUAUGGUGAUACCAGCUGUACUGUGUUUCUAUGGUGAUACCAGUUGUACUGUGUUUCUAUGGUGAUACCAGCUGUACUGUGUUUCUAUGGUGAUACCAGCUGUACUGUCUGUUAACAUAUUAUUACUUUUGUACUAGAGCAACUUAACUUAAAUCAUCUUAAAAAAGGUGUUUCCUGUUGUAUUCCCCAUAAAGAAAACUUGAAUGUGUGUAUGUGUGAAUGUAAGGUUAAAUGCAUUUGUAAUGUAAAUAGAAAGACGAUAAAUUUUAUACAUUUCUGUACAUAAAUAUGUAUAAAGACUUGUUGGUGAAUCAAGUGCUUAAAAUUUGUAUUAAACUAUAUUUUUUUGUAAAUUGAA